AUGGUCGACAGCUUCAUCCGCUGGCUCUCCACCUACCUCGGCUCAUCAGGACCCUGGCACCAGCGCUUCCUGGACCUUCAGGAAGUCUUCACUCAGACUAACCUGGAGCUCCAAGGAAUCAAUGAUGUGCGUUGGCUCUCGCGCGGCGAUGCAGUCUGCCAACUUCUUGCAGUCCUUCCGGGUGUCGUCGUGAUGGUGCACGAGCUGGGAAACAAGCCCAUGUACCAGAUGGUGACAAGCUACAGAUUCCAGUUCAUGCUGCGCUUCCUCGCUGACGUGCUGGAACAGCUGAACGUGCUCAGCAAGACGUUCCAGCAUCGACAGAUUGACCUGCUGGCGAUUCAAGGCCAGAUCCGUCGCACCACAACCCACAUCAACAGCUAUUAUGUGGAUUGUGGCGACGACUUCGGCGGCGGCCUGAGCGAGAAGCUGUCGCCCUUCAUUGCACGACAUGGACCGGGGUGCGGAGAGUGGAGGUCGAGGACCCAUGACCGAUGCGUGGAGCAGUGCACGGCGAUGGCGGAGGCGCUCGUGCAUAACCUGGAUGAGCGAUUGGGUUCACUCGACAAGCUGAGCGGUGUGAAGCUGUUCAUGUCCGACGAGUGGCCCCAAGGACGGCAGGAGCGUUCCAUGCCCGACUGGGUGGAGGUGGUGAAGAUCUGGAGGGCGUACAAGAAGCGCAAGCCCAUCACAACAAUGGCAGCACCAAAAAAGCAACCUAGUGCUAAGGGGAAAGAGAAGGUGGACGAGGAUGAUGCUGGUGGUGCUGGCUCUGGGUGGGGGACAGAGACCCCCGUGCACAGGCACGGUUCUAUGAGCGAUGGUGAUAGUGACGAAGAUGAAGACAUGUGUGUGAUGUGA